AUGCCUGGCGUGCCUACCGUGCCUACUGUGCCUGGCGUGCCUACCCUGCCUACCGUGCCUGGCGCGCCUACCGUGCCUACCGUCCCUACCGUGCCUACCGUACCUACCGUGCCUGGCGCGCCUACCUUGCCUUCCGUCCCUACCGUGCCUACCGUGCCUACUGUGCCUACCGUGCCUGGCGUGCCUACCGUGCCUACCGUGCCUGGCGUGCCUGGCGUGCCUACCGUGCCUACUGUGCCUGGCGUGCCUACCCUGCCUACCGUGCCUGGCGCGCCUACCAUGCCUACCGUGCCUGGCGCGCCUACCGUGCCUUCCGUCCCUACCGUGCCUACCGUGCCUACCAUGCCUACCGUGCCUGGCGUGCCUUCCGUGCCUACCGUGCCUACCCUGCCUACCGUGCCUACCGUGCGUGGCGCGCCUACAGUGCCUUUUGUCCCUACCGUGCCUACCGUGCCUACCGUGCCUACCGUGCCUACUGUGCCUGGCAUGCCUACCUUGCCUACCGUGCCUACCAUGCCUGGCGCGCCUACCGUGCCUACCAUCCCUACCGUGCCUACCGUGCCUACCGUGCCUACCGUGCCUACCGUGCCUACCGCGCCUACCAUGCCUAGCGUGCCUAUUGUGCCUACCGUGCCUACCGUGCCUACCGCGCCUACCGUGCCUACCGUGCCUACCGUGCCUACCGUGCUUGGCGUGCCUACUGUGCCUACCGUGCCUGGCAUGCCUACCGUGCCUACCGUUCCUACCGUGCCUGGCGUGCCUCGCGUGCCUACCGUGCCUACUGUGCCUGGCGUGCCUACCCUGCCUACCGUGCCUACCGUGCCUGGCGCGCCUAUCGUGCCUUCCCUCCCUACCGUGCCUACCGUGUCUACCGUGCCUGGCGUGCCUACCGUGCCUACCUUGUCUACCGUGCCUACCGUGCAUGGCGUGCCUACUGUGCCUACCAUGCCUACUGUGCCUGGCGUGCCUACUGUGCCUACCGUGCCUGGCGUGCCUACCGUGCCUACUGUGCCUACCGUGCCAGGCGUGCCUGGCGUGCCUACCGUGCCUACUGUGCCUGGCGUGCCUACCCUGCCUACCGUGCCUACCGUGCCUGGCGCGCCUACCGUGCCUUCCGUCCCUACCGUGCCUACUGUGCCUACCGUGCCUGGCAUGCCUACCGUGCCUACCUUCGUGCCUUCCGUCCCUACCGUGCCUACCGUGCCUACCGCGCCUACCGUGCCUACCAUGCCUACCCUGCCUACCGUGCCUACCGUUCCUACCAUGCCUACCGUGCCUACUGUGCCUACCGUGCCUACCGUGCCUAUCGUGCCUACCGUGCCUGGUGUGCCUACUGUGCCUACCGUGCCUGGCGUGCCUAUCGUGCCUACUGUGCCUGCCGUGCCUACCCUGCCUACCGUGCCUACCGUGCCUGGCGCGCUUACCGUGCCUUCCGUCCCCACCGUGCCUACCGUGCCUACUGUGCCUGGCGUGCCUACCGUGCCUACCGUGCCUGGCGUGCCUUCCGUGCCUACUGUGCCUUGCGUGCCUACCCUGCCUACCGUGCCUACCGUGCCUGGCGCGCCUACCGUGCCUACCGUCCCUACCGUGCCUACCGAGCCUACCAUGCCUGCCGCGCCUACCGUGCCUACCGUGCCUACCGUGCCUACCGUGCCUUCCGGUCCUUCCGUGCCUUCCGUGCCUUCCGUGCCUACCGUGCCUACUGUGCCUACCGUGCCUGGCGUGCCUACCAUGCCUACCGUGCCUGGUGUGCCUGGCGUGCCUACCGUGCCUACUAUGGCUGGCGUGCCUACCCUGCCAACCGUGCCUACCGUGCCUGGCGCGCCUACCGUGCCUUCCGUCCCUACCGUGCCUUCCGUGCCUGGCGUGCCUACCGUGCCUACCGUGCCUACCGUGCCUGGCGUGCCUGGCGUUCCUACCGUGCCUACUGUGCCUGGCGUGCCUACCCUACCUACCGUGCCUAGCGCGCCUACCAUGCCUACCGACCCUACCGUGCCUACCGUGCCUACCGCGCCUACCGUGCCUACCGUGCCUACCGUGCCAACCGUGCCUACCGUGCCUUCCGUGCCUUCUGUGCCUACCGUGCCUACCGUGCCUACCGUGCCUAGCGUGCCUACUGUGCCUACCGUGCCUGGUGUUCCUACCGUGCCUACCGUGCUUGGCGUGCCUGGCGUGCCUACCGUGGCUAGUGUGCGUGGCGUGCCUACCCUGCCUACCGUGCCUGGCGCGCCUACCGUGCCUUCCGUCCAUACCGUGCCUACCGUGCCUACCGUGCCUACCGUGCCUGGCAUGCCUACCGUGCCUAUCAUGCCUACCAUGUCUGGCGUGCCUACCGUGCUUACUGUGCCUGGCGUGCCUACCCUGCCUACCGUGCCUGGCGCGCCUACCGUGCCUACCGUCCCUACCGUGCCUACCGUGCCUACCGUGCCUGGCGCGCCUACCGUGCCUUCCGUCCCUAUCAUGCCUACCGUGCCUACCGUGCCUACCGUGCCUGGCGUGCCUACCGUGCCUACCGUGCCUGGCGUGCCUGGCGUGCCUACCGUGCCUACUGUGCCUGGCGUGCCUACCCUGCCUACCGUGCCUGGCGUGCCUACCGUGCCUACUGUGCCUGGCGUGCCUACCCUGCCUACCGUGCCUACCGUGCCUACCGUGCCUACCGUGCCUGGCGCGCCUACCGUGCCUUCCGUCCCUACCGUGCCUACCGUGCCUACCAUGCCUACCGUGCCUGGCGUGCCUUCCGUGCCUACCGUGCCUACCGUGCGUGGCGCGCCUACCGUGCCUUUUGUCCCUACCGUGCCUACCGUGCCUACCGUGCCUACUGUGCCUGGCAUGCCUACCCUGCCUACCGUGCCUACCAUACCUGGCGCGCCUACCGUGCCUACCGUCCCUACCGUGCCUACCCUUCCUACCGUGCCUACCGCGCCUACCGUGCCUACCGUGCCUACCGUGCUUGGAGUGCCUACCGUGCCUGGAGUGCCUACCGUGCCUGGAGUGCCUACCGUGCAAGGAGUGCCUACCGUGCCUGGCGUGCCUGGAGUGCCUACCGUGCCUACUAUGCCUACCGUGCCUGGCGCGCCUACUGUGCCUUCCGUCCCUACCGUGCCUACCGUGCCUGGCGUGCCUGGCGCGCCUACCGUGCCUACCGUGCCUGGCGCGCCUACCGUGCCUUCCGACCCUACCGUGCCUACCAUGCCUACCAUGCCUACCGUGCCUGGCGUGCCUUCCGUGCCUACCGUGCCUACCCUGCCUACCGUGCCUGGCGCGCCUACCGUGCCUACCGUGCCUACCAUGCUCGGCGUGCCUACCGUGCCUACCUUUCCUACCGUGCCUACUGUGCCUGGCGUGCCUACCCUGCCUACCGUGCCUGGCGCGCCUACCGUGCCUACCGUCCCUACCGUGCCUACCGUGCCUACCGUGCCUACCGUGCCUGGCGCGCCUACCGUGCCUUCCGUCCCUACCGUGCCUACCGUGCCUACCGUGCCAGGCGUGCCUACCGUGCCUACCGUGCCUACCGUGCCUGGCGUGCCUACCGUGCCUACUGUGCCUUGCGUGCCUACCCUGCCUACCGUGCCUACCGUGCCUACCGUGCCUACCGUGCCUACUGUGCCUGGCGUGCCUACCCUACCUACCGUGCCUGGCGCGCCUACCAUGCCUACCGACCCUACCGUGCCUACCGUGCCUACCGUGCCUACCGCGCCUACCGUGCCUACCGUGCCUACCGUGCCUACCGUGCCUACUGUGCCUGGCGUGCCUACCCUGCCUACCGUGCCUACCGUGCCUGGCGCGCCUACCGUGCCUACCGUCCCUACCGUGCCUACCGUGCCUAUUGUGCCUGGCGUGCCUACCGUGCCUACUGUGCCUGGCGUGCCUACCCUGCCUACCGUGCCUACCGUGCCUGGCGCGCCUACUGUGCCUUCCGUCCCUACCGUGCCUACCGUGCCUACCGUGCCUACCGUGCCUGGCGUGCCUACCGUGCCUACCGUGCCUACCGUGCCUGGCGUGCCUAUCGUGCCUACUGUGCUUGGCGUGCCUACCCUGCCUACCGUGCCAGGCGCGCCUACCGUGCCUAUCAUCCGUACCGUACCUACCGUGCCUACCGUGCCUGGCGCGCCUACCGUGCCUUCCGUCCCUACCGUGCCUACCGUGCCUACCGUGCCUACCAUGCCUAGCGUGCCUACUGUGCCUACCGUGCCUGGCGUGCCUGGCGUGCCUACCGUGCCUACUGUGACUGGCGUGCCUACCCUGCCUACCGUGCCUAGCGCGCCUACCGUGCCUACCGUGCCUGGCGCGCCUACCGUGCCUACCGUGCCUACCAUGCCUACCGUGCCUGGUGUGCCUUCCGUGCCUACCGUGCCUACCUUGCCUACCGUGCCUACCGUGCCUUCCGUCCCUACCGUGCCUACCGUGCCUACCAUGCUCGGCGUGCCUACCGUGCCUACCGUGCCUACUGUGCCUGGCGUGCCUACCCUGCCUAACGUGCCUACCGUGCCUGGCGCGCCUACCUUGCCUACCGUCCCUACCGUGCCUACCGUGCCUACCGUGCCUACCGCACCUACCGUGCCUACCGUGCCUACCGUGCCUUCCGUGCCUUCCGUGCCUACCGUGCCUGGAGUGCCUACCGUGCCUGGAGUGCCUACCGUGCCUGGAGUGCCUACCGUGCCUGGAGUGCCUACCGUGCCUGGAGUGCCUACCAUGCGUGGCGUGCCUGGCGUGCCUACCGUGCCUACUGUGCCUGGCAUGCCUACCCUGCCUACCGUGCCUGGCGCGCCUACUGUGCCUUCCGUCCCUAUCGUGCCUAUCGUGCCUACCGUGCCUACCGUGCCUGGCGUGCCUACCGUGCCUACCGUGCCUGGCAUGCCUGGCGUGCCUGGCGUGCCUACCGUUCCUACUGUGCUUGGCAUUCCUACCAUGCCUACUGUGCCUGGCGCGACUACCAUGCCUACUGUCCCUACCGUGCCUACCGUGCCUACCGUGCCUACCGCGCCUACUGUGCCUACCGUGCCUACCAUGCCUACCGUGCCUACCGUGCCUGCCCUACCUACUGUUCCUACCGUGCCCAGCGUGCCUACUGUGCAUACCGUGCCUACCGUGCCUGGCGUGCCUGGCGUGCCUACCGUGCCUACUGUGCCUAGCGUGCCUACCCUGCCUACCGUGCCUACCGUGCCUGGCGCGCCUACUGUGCCUACCGUCCCUACUGUGCCUACCGUGCCUACCGUGCCUACUGUGCCUACCGUGCCUACCGCGCCUACCGUGCCUACCGUGCCUACCGUGCCUAUUGUGCCUACCGUGCCUACCGUGCCUACCGCGCCUACCGUGCCUACCGUGCCUACCAUUCCUACCGUGCCUACCGUGCCUACCGUGCCUACCAUGCCUACCGUGCCUGGCGUGCCUACUGUGCCUAUCGUGCCUGGCGUGUCUACCGUGCCUACCGUGCCUACAGUGCCUGGCGUGCCUGGCGUGCCUACCGUGCCUACUGUGCCUGGCGUGCCUACCCUACCUACCAUGCCUGGCGCGCCUACCGUGCCUACCGACCCUACCAUGCCUACCGUGCCUACCGCGCCUACCGUGCCUACCGUGCCUACCGUGCCUACCAUGCCUACCGUGCCUUCUGUUCCUACCGUGCCUACCGUGCCUACCGUGCCUGGCGUGCCUACUGUGCCUUCCGUGCCUGGCGUGCCUACCGUGCCUACCGUGCCUACCGUGCCUGGCGUGCCUGGCGUGCCUACCGUGCCUACUGUGCCUGGCGUGCCUACCCUGCCUACCGUGCCUACCGUGCCUGGCGCGCCUACCAUGCCUUCCGUCCCUACCGUGCCUACCGUGCCUACCGUGCCUACUGUGCCUGGCGUACCUGGCGUGCCUACCGUGCCUACUGUGCCUGGCGUGCCUACCCUGCCUACCGUGCCUGGCGCGCCUACCGUGCCUACCGUCCCUAUCGUGCCUACCGUCCCUGGCGCGCCUACCGUGCCUGGCGCGCCUACCGUGCCUUCCCUCCCUACCGUGCCUACCGUACCUACCGUGCCUACCGUGCCUGGCGUGCCUACCGUGCCUACCGUGCCUGGCGUGCCUGGCGUGCCUACCGUGCCUACUGUGCCUGGCGUGCCUACCCUGCCAACCGUGCCUGGCGCGCCUACCGUGCCUACUGUGCCUGGCGCGCCUACCGUGCCUUCCGUCCCUACCGUGCCUACCAUGCCUACCGUGCCUGGCAUGCCUUCCGUGCCUACCGUGCCUACCGUGCCUGGCGUCCACCCAGUGCCACGAAAUUUCGCUGCCGGGCCUGCUCUGGUUGAAUGGACGCUGGGGCAGCAACCAGGGAGGAGCGCAGGGGCGGGGAGGAAGAGAAGGAGGGGAGGUGAUAGGGAGGGGGAGAGGGAGAAGGACAGGGAGUGGGAGAAGGAAGAGCACGGGCAGCGGCAACAAGCCCCUGUGUCUGAGAGUGACGUGGCACGAUUCAAUUCGCUGGUUCUGCACUUGGCUGAUGUUUUCAGCAGCAGCAGCAGCAGUGCCACCCGCCUCUGCAUUCUCAAGCUCUUCCUCCACCUCACCACCACCACUUCCCCUCUCCCUCUUUCUCCCCCAUCUCCUCCUUACCCUCCUGCUCCUUCUCCCCCCUCUCCUCCCUUUCCUGCAUCUCAUCAAGCAACGCCAGCUGCAGCCGCUGCCCCCUCACUUGCACCUGCCGCCCUGAGAAUGGUACUUAGUGCUGGGAGGUGUGACGCGGAUGGUGACGCCAUGCCUGACGUCAGCAGCAUGUGUGACGUCAGCCUGCUGCACUGGCGAUGUAGGAGGGAGGGAGAGCGAGUGAGGGAUGUGUGGAGGGGAGGGAGAAGAAGGGAUAUGAGAGUGGUCCCAAGGGAAGGAGAGAGAGAAAAUGGUGGAUUUGAUGGGAUGAGUGGGCAAGGAGAGGAAGGUUGGGACGGGGCCCAUGGGGAGGCAGAGAUGAACGGUUUUGAUGAUAGGGAUGCUGGCAUUGAUGGUAAUUAUGAUGAUGCUAGGGGCAAUGGUGCGAGCAGCACUGACGAUAGUGAUUAUGACAGUGAGAGUGCUGGCGAUGGUGCCGAUCGUGCUGGCAUGGAUGGUGGUGCUGGCAUGGAUGGUGGUGCUGGCAUGGAUGGUGGUGCUGGCGGUGCCAUGGACUGGGCAGGUGUGUUGACUGCUCGGAAGCUCUUGAACCCAACCCAAGUCAUCACCCGUAUCGCCCCUCUGCUCUCUCACUCCUCCUCCUUCCCACUUCCACCCACCGUAGCAGCAGCAACAACAGCCGCAGUCACAGCAGGCACAACCCUAGACAUGCCAAGUGACUGCCCUUCGCCCCCAAGUGACUGCCCUUCGCCCCCAUCAUUACUUGCUGCUGGCCCUCUUGACUCCGUUAACUCCCUUGAAUCGCGAUGUCUCGCGCUGCGCUUGAUUGGUUGCCUCGCUCCGCUGGCUGCUGACGUGACACACGUGCAGGAGUUGGUGGUGCGGGCGGCAAUGGAGGCAGAGGGACAGCAGGAGGUGAGCGAGGGGAGCGGGGGGAGGGGGAGAAAGGGGGGGAUAAGGGAGAUUAGGAGGUGA